UUAGGGGGUGCCAAUACUGCCAUAGGGCAUGGAAAUGAGUUAGCUACCCCUCCAGACCCAAGCAUAAAGAUACCUUGCAGGUCUGUGGGGAUCUGGCCAUAGCGUAUAACUGGGUAUGGAGCAGAAUGCAGAGACCAGGGUAUAAAACAGCUUCCCUGCACCCAGCUGAUGUGGUGAGCUUUUGUUACACAGCGUGUUUCGAGGUGGAGGUGGUGGUACCUUUGCACUGCAGAGCCGGGGCUGGCACAGCCUUUGCCCUGGAGGAAGGGAGGGAAUGAGCAAAGGCAUUAGUAGGGCAAAGGGUGCAUCGAUCCCAGCUCCAGCCAAGGCAGAGGGAAGGUUGGCAUGUUCCCUGCACUGUGAGCACGGCCAGCAGGGAUGGAAACAGUCCCAGUGCCAAGAGAGCAAACGUUUGCUGCCCUUUGUCCUGCUGUCUGGAGAGCAGUGACUGCUGAGCUGGAGACAGCCCAGGACACCCACUCACCUCUGUGCCCAGCUUGGCAGAGCCCUGGGCUGGAAGGCAAAACUUUGAGGCUCUUCAGGAGGAAAGGGGUAUUUUCCUCCCAUGCAUUGGAAAUGUCCCACCUUCAUGUACAAGGGAGCCAUGGAGCUGUGUCAGAUGCAUGCCUCUGUGUCCUGCAAAGGGGGUGUUCAAGGACUUGGCUCUGCUGCCUGGGUCUCCCCAAUGCUGAGCAGCAUGCCAAGGGUCUCAUUGCCUCAUGGUGGCUAGUCCAGGACACUGAGCAGCCUUGUGUCAGCCUUGGAUCAUCUGCACUGAUCCCCUUGGCAGAAGCAGCAGCAGUGGGAGCAUUGCAGCAGGUCAGGGGGAGCAGUUGUUCCUCUCUUUAAAGCACAUCUGGGGAUCCAUCUCCUGUUUUGUCCCCAUCAGCACAGGGGAGAUCUUGACUCCAGCAGAGGAUCCCUGUAAGGGUAAGGCAUUAGGGGCACAGAGCACAUGCUGAACCAGCACAGACUGAAGCCCAAGCUCUGCUCAGAGGUGCACAGAGCCUGGAUAAGAGAUGGCAGGCACAAAUUGCAACUGAGGAAAUUCCAUCUGGAUAUAAGGAAAAAUGGGUAUGGUUAGCACAGGAACUGGGCCGCAGAGAGACAGGGAUCUUAUCCUCGGAGACUUCAAGACUAGACAAGACCUUGAGCAGCCUGGUCUUGUUUUGAACAAGAGCUGGAUGAGGUGAUCUCCACUUCCAACCUGAUUUUUAGCUCCAUUUCUACUCCAAGCACCUGGAGUUUUCCUAAUGCAGUGUCUGACCUAGCACCCAGCUAAAAGCCUCCUCACCAAAACCCUCAAUGAAUUCCCAUCCUUGGACUUGCCCAAACCAGACUGGUCUGUGCAGGAUGUGUCCCCCAUGUCCACCUUCUGCUCCCUGUGCUUAGUGAACUCUCCUGGGGAGAAACUGUUCUUGGUCUGUGUUGCAUUUCCCAACAGGAUAGGAUGCUGGUCUACCACAGGGCAUAACAGAGGCUACAGAAACACAGGAAGGAUUUAACCUCUGUGGAAACCCUGCCUGACUCUUCACCUUCUCCCUGGCUGCUCAUCUGUUGCUUUUGAGGUGGUGAGGUCCAAGGGCAGCUUCAUCUCAUCUUCUCUUGAUGAAACCGCAUUAAACCCUGGUGCAUCCCAGCUGGGCACCAGCAUUACAGGGAAGACAACAAAGGGGAUUUUCUGCUGUCAUUUGUUCCAAAUUACAGUGAUUUCAUGGAGCUUUUUGGCCACUUUCCACCGUAAUGCUCCAGCUCCCAAACCCCACGCAACUGGGAGGUGGGGCCUGGUGGUGGUAGUGGCUGGGGCACGGUGCAUCACUGUCAGAGGACCAGGGUGAAGGGACGGUGUCACCAGCACCCUCUGCUCCUGCUCUGCUGGGGACAGGCUGCCCCUCGGUGAGUAGCAUGUCCCACCGGGACAGCUUCAGUGGGAUGGCAGGAUCAGCUGCUAUCCCUAAGCCUCCUGAAUUUCAUCUGCUGGUAAGGAGAGGGAAUCCAUGGCUGGGAGCUGGAGCUGUGCUUUGUACUGGCACCCACCAGGAGCAUUGGAGAUGGGUGUUUUGCGGUGAUUUUGCCCACUGGAUGGAGCUGGGGCUGCACAGGGAUAAGCAGUGGCAUUGUGAGUGGCACAGCUGUAGAUGUACAGGAGGGGGAUGUACAGUCACAUCACGACAUCCCUACCCACAGCUCCUCUCUCUGCUCUCAUCCUGCUGCUUUGCCCCCUUCCUAGCCUGCAUUUCCCAGCCUCCAUGCACAUCCGUUAGCAUUCCAGUUGCUCUGAGCUUGCUUUACAACACUGACAUUUAUCCUGCCUGCAGCUCUUCCACAUUAGAUGCCUCCCAACUAAUACUUUGCAUCUUUCGGGUGUUAAGACACACAGGCAGGGCAGGGCUGUGUGAAGACAUUGGUUUUGCAGCUGAACUGGUAACAAGUCAAGCAUUAGGCAAUGCCGCAUCCAUUGCACCCAUGGGAGAAGCCUCAGCCCAGCUCCCAGCCCUGCCAUGCUAUGGGGGGUGCAGGAGUGACUGGGGAAACCCAUUCACAGCAGGGUCUGAGGCUCCCGGCUUUGCUUUGCAGGUGGGUGAGUCAGGAUGACAGCCAAGAAGAACCAGACUCUACAGAAUGGAAGUGCCAAGGAGAACGUGCUGCAGAGGGUGCUGCAGCUGCCGGUGGUGAGCUCGACCUGCGAAAGCCUCCAGAGGACCUACACCACCACCAAGGAGGCCCAUCCGCUCAUGGCCUCCAUGUGCGAGGUCUACGAGCGGGGUGUGCAGGGUGCCAGUGCUUUGGCCAUGUGGAGCGUGGAGCCGGUGGUGCGCAGGCUGGAGCCCCAGUUUGCUGUGGCAAACAACCUGGCUUGCCGGGGCUUGGACCACCUGGAGGAGAAGAUCCCUGCCCUCCAUUACCCUGUUGACAAGCUCGCAUCUGAACUGAAGGACACCAUCUCCACCCCGCUCCAAAGUGCCAAAAGCACCAUUGGCAACUCCAUGGAUAAGAUCAUGGAGCUGGCAGCAGAGGGCUACGAGGCCACCAAGAGCACGGUGGAGACAACAGCCAAGUACACGAGGAGGAACUCGGUGAGCCAGAUGGCAGCUGCCGGGGUCGACACAGCCCUGGGAGGGCUGGAGAAGCUGAUGGAGUACCUGCUGCCAGAGGAGGAUGAAGAAGCAGAUCAGAAGCCCAAAGAUCCACAUGGGUCAGCAGCAAAGGUGUCCCAGCAGCAGCCCAGCGCUCCCAGUGCUCCCAGCACCCUCGGCAGGAUCGGCACCUUGGUUAGCACUGCCUCCCACCGUGCUUACCAGCAAACCACCCAUGGCCUCCAGCGUGCCAAAGCCAAAGGGCAGGAGCUGGCCACAUGGAUCCCCAUUGUGGGCAGCCUGGCCAAGCCAAGCGUACCCGAGGCACCACGGGUCCAUAGCGAUGGGUGCAGCACCACAACCAGCCGGCUGAGCCAGCGGCAAAGCAAGGUGCCAGAGCAGAAGCAGAAGGCAGGGAAGAAAGACAACCACCAUAGCAAGGAGGCAGGGGAUGAGCCCGGGCUGGUGGGCACCAUGGCUCACAACCUGCAGAGCGCCUGCGCCUCCGGCAUCUCCAGCGUGAAGAAGGUCCCGGCGGUGGCCUGGGAUGCAGCGGAGGGGUUGGUCCUCUUCACCCCCCGCAGGCUGUCCAAGGCCAUGGAGACAGUGGAUGCUCUUGGGGGGACCCUCGUCAGUGCCCCCAAGCAUCUGCUGGGCACCCUGUACAGCUACGUGCCGCUCCGCAGGCAGUCAGCAAAGGAAGAGGACGCAGCCGGGAGCAGCGAGCCCAGAGCAGAGAAGGAGCAGAAGGAGGAGGAGGAGGAGGCCAAGCCUUCCACCCCCCCUGCCGAGGAGAAAGCCCAGCUGAGGGGGGACUGGCGGCUGUACCGCGGCCAUCACCCCCUCUCCUUCCUGGGCCUGGAGGACCCCAUGUUCCUGCGGCACAACUUCUACCGGGGCCCUGCCUUCGAGCCUGAAUAUCCCCUCCCGCGGAAAUCUGCCUUCUCCCCCUACAGCAGGCGCGUGAGCGAGGGCUCCUACCGCUUCAGCCCCGAGCCCAUGUACAGCCGGCCCUACUACACCGGCCUCUACAGUCCUGUCUUCAAGAAGGACUGAGCCAUGGGGAGGAUGAGCACAUUCCAGCCCUGCACUAAUCCACCCUCCUCCUCAGCAUGCUUUGCCAGCCCCUGCCAGCCUCCUGCACACACCCCUGUACUGGGAUGGGAGCUUGAAGUGGUAGAUGUGCCAUGGAGUGUAUCUGGGCCAGGGUGGGGGGAUAAAGGCAGCCAAAAGCCCUGUUGGAGGAAGGAGAAGGAACGGGGAGGUGGGAUCAGAAAGGUAAAGGAGAUGCAGAAAGAGAGGUGAGACCAUAGCAAAGGGACCAGUCAGGUCUGGCACUGUUCUGUCCUGGUUAAGCAGAUGGUGUGGACUUCAGAUGGUCUACAUGUUGAAACUGAGCAAGAACAGCAAAGCCGCUAAACAUCACCAUGCAAACCUGGUUCCCAUCCCUCCUUCCUCCAUCCCCCUCUGCAGGGCUCAUCCCUUGGCCACGGAUUGAAGAUCCCCACUGACCAGCAAGACUCAUGAGUCGGAAAGCCCUGUACACCCACCCCCAGAGAUGGUGGGAUCAGAAAGAGGAUCAGUGAGAACAAAUGGAAUCCCUCUCUCCCACAGGACCGCCUGGCUUCCCACAACACGCCAUUGUAUCCGCUGCAAUAAUAAACCUUCCCGACCUGC